AUGGACUUCCUUUCUGAAGUCGGUGCUCCCACCGUGGCAAUGGCGUCGGCAUUAUCGUUGGCGACUGGCGCCUAUCUGAACGCGAAGCUCUCAAUUGGCACCGAUUUGACUACUUUGAAGAAUGACCGUGCCUUUGCACAGCGUCUCGGCCAGCGCCUUGGACAGCUCGGCGAAUCUACCACGAUAUACAACUUGCUCCAGCGGGUUGUCGAAGUUGAAGGCCAGGGCACCGAGGAUGCACUGUGGUUUGAGCAUAAGACCUGGUCAUACAGCCAGUUGAAGGAGUUGGUUGAUCGAUUUGCAGCGUUGCUACAAACACGCGGUGUCCAGAAUGGAGAUAUGAUUGGCGUCUUCACGACUAAUUCGCCCGAGAUGGUUGUCGUGCUGUACGCAUUGUCAAAGCUGGGCGCGGUGGCUGCUAUGGUCAACACCAACCUGCGUGACGACACAUUUAUCCACUGCCUCAACGUGUCAGGCUCCAAGUCCAUCAUUUCAACACCAGAUAUCGCCCAACAUGUCUGUGCUGAAUUGCCACACUUCACCUUCAACAUCUCCUCCUUCGAGGGCGUUUCCUCCGGAUCAGUGGAGCUCAUAACAUCAACCGAAUUGCAACAAUUCUCCCCAGCCGGGCUGACCCCAGCGAAACGCACGCCGAAAGACCUCACUGCUUUGAUAUACACAUCCGGGACGACAGGAAAGCCUAAGGCAUGUGCAGUCCGAAACAUGCUGGCAAUGAUCACCUCCACCCCUCUGUCUGCUGAUGUCAACAACCGCGCCAAAUACUACCCUCUCCGUACCUACUCUUCUCUCCCUCUUUUCCACGGCACCGCCUUCUUCACUGGCCUGUGCUACUCAGUGGGCAACGCCGGUACCCUCUGUCUGCGACGCAAGUUCUCUGCCUCGCAGUUUUGGAAAGAUGUUCACGAUUCCCGCGCAACCCGCAUCCUCUACAUUGGUGAGCUUUGCCGCUACCUCCUCUCUACGCCCCCGUCCCCUUACGACCGUGACCACAAUUGCAUCGCGGCAUCCGGUAAUGGUUUGCGAGGAGAGAUCUGGGAGAAGUUCAAGAGCCGCUUUGGUGUUGCUGAGAUCCGCGAAUUCUAUCGGUCGACUGAAGGUCUGGCUAAGUUUGACAACCAUGGUCCUGGCGUAUGGGGUGCUGGCAAGGUUGGCUUUUCGGGUCCGAUUCGACGAUUCUUGGAGGAUGAUACAUUCAUCGUGAAGUAUGAUAAUGAAACGGAGAUGCCGUAUCGCAAUCCUUCGACUGGGUUCUGUGUUCGGGCUGGUCUGGACGAGGAGGGAGAGGCUAUUGGUCGUGUGCGUGAUCGUAACUUGUUGACAGAAUACUUGCACAAUGAUGAUGCUACUGAGAAGAAGCUUCUGAGAGAUGUCUUCCAGAAGGGCGAUCUUUUCCAGCGGACGGGUGAUCUGGUUGUUCAGGAUCAGUCUGGCUGGAUCAGGUUCCAGGAUCGCGUCGGUGAUACAUUUCGCUGGAAGGGUGAGAAUGUCAGUGCCGGCGAGAUCCGUGAUCACAUUUGCCGCAUUGAAGGAGUUCAUGAUGCAGUUGUAUAUGGUGUCAAGCUUCCUGGAUAUGAUGGCCAAGCCGGUGCAGCCGGUAUUACUCUCGAGGAACAUACCCCGGCAUUUGAAACCGAACUCGCUUCCAAGCUUUACCCGGAGUUGAAGAAGCGCGGUGUCCCGUCAUACGCCUUCCCUCGCCUCGUUCGGUUUAUUGAAAAGGUUUCCACAGGUGUCACUUUCAAGCAAGCCAAGGGUGACCUUGUCAAGAAGGGGUGGGAUCCACGGAAGGACACUGCGGGAGACAGCCUCUUUUGGUUGAAUGGAACCAAGUACGAGAAGCUCGAGGACAACAGUUGGUCUGCGAUUGAAAGCGGCAAGGCCAAGUUGUGA